AUGGAAUCAGUCCCUGAGAAGCUUCUUGACCUCGCCGCGCGCUUCGACAUGGGCGUCAGCCGACCUCUCGUCUGGCGUCGUAAGCAGCUGCAAGGCCUAUACGAUAUCAUACAGACGGAGUCGUCCGUUCUCACGGAUGCCGUACUACGAGACACUCAGUGCUCAAAGGUCGACCUCCUCGUUGAAAUGAAUGCGGUUCUAGUCUGUAUUCAGCAGUGCAUCGACAAAGUAUCUCGCGAGGCCAAGGAGGGGCAAAAGACGAAGAGUGGCGAAACACAUAACCCAGUUGGCGUCGUUCUUAUUUCACCAGACCAUACCUCGUUCUUGGCUUCUUCUAUGAUUCCUAUGGCCCUGGCUUUUGCUGCUGGCAAUGUCGUUGCCCUCACUUCCCGGGCACGCCCCGUCGACGAUGUCAUGAAGUUAUCUCUCAGCAGCUACCUUGACCAGAUGGGCUAUGCUAUACUUGAUGUGCCGAAGCGCUCAGCGGGCUCCCCUCUCGACGACAUCAUCGCUAGUCCUUCUGUCAGCGUACUCGCCACCCAUGGUGGUGAACCCAUCUCAGUCUCCGGCACCCUUCAGCCAUCUACGACGCCAAGUGCAGUCUACGUGAACAACAGCGCCUUUGGUCUUCGUUGGAAGGACACGCCGUUUAAGACCCGUAGGCAAGUUGCGCAGAGUAUCGCGCGUCUCGUCGUGAGAGGAGUUCUUAUCCUUGGAGGACGCGUGGCGCAUACGCCUCGUCUCGUUCUCGUCGACGACGAGGUGUCGGACGAGUUCAUCAACGCACUGUCUGACGUUUCCAGCGAGCUUGCUCGCGGCAAUGGGAGGCUGUCGAUCGUCGAAGUUGAUCUUGCGUCCUCGGCACCGCAUGUCUUCAAAGAUGGUCCGGCCGUCUAUGUGGCGAAAGUUCCUUCACCCGAUGCGGCACUUGACCGCCUUCAGACUCUCUCGCGCUUAUCUGUCGCCUAUAUCUUCUCCCGAGAGCCGUUCACCUCUUACAUCACAAGCAACAUCGAGAGCGACGUGACGUUGGUCAAUGACAUCCCUACUUCCUUCCUCGUGAAUCCGUACUCUGCUGACAUGUCCGCGCUUGAGUCCAUGCUCGCGCGGCCUCAGAAGAUUAGCUGCUUCUCCGCGCCCGCGUCUGCGGCGCCCGUGAUACCAUCCGAAUCAGAGCUCUUGUCGAGCAUCAAAGCAUCCCAGAUCGAGCGGCUCGAUGAGGGUUCCGGUAUCAGCACUGACUUUUUCGGUCACGUCAAGAUGGUCUUCAACGCAGUCAAGUAUACGACGUACGCCGGGAUUGUUUUGACGGGCUAUAUGAUGUACAAUCGCUACCAGAAGUAG